UUAUCUUAUCGAUAGGUCCUCGGUCACAGUAUUCGCAGCCCUAUUUCCGCCUGUCAAAUUUUUCUUUCUUUCCCAGGCCACGACAGCAUGAGUUCUCUAAAGCUCCAAAAGAGGCUCGCAGCCUCUGUACUGCGUUGCGGCAAGAAAAAAGUUUGGUUGGAUCCCAAUGAAAUCAACGAGAUUGCCAACACAAACUCGCGUCAAAACAUACGCAAACUGAUCAAGGAUGGUCUGAUCAUCAAGAAGCCCGUCGUGGUCCACUCCCGCUACCGUGUGCGCAAGAACACCGAGGCCCGUCGCAAGGGUCGUCAUUGCGGUUUCGGUAAGCGCAAGGGUACGGCGAACGCCCGUAUGCCCACCAAAUUGGUGUGGAUGCAGCGUCAGCGUGUGCUGCGUCGCCUGCUGAAGAAGUACCGCGACAGCAAGAAGAUUGAUCGCCACCUGUACCACGAUCUGUACAUGAAGUGCAAGGGUAAUGUGUUCAAGAACAAGCGCGUCCUGAUGGAGUACAUCCACAAGAAGAAGGCCGAGAAGCAGCGCAGCAAGAUGCUGUCCGACCAGGCCGAGGCCAGGCGACAGAAGGUGCGUGAGGCCCGCAAACGCCGCGAGGAGCGCAUUGCCACCAAGAAGGCAGAGCUCGUUGCCCUGCACGCCAAGGAGGACGAGAUCGCUGCCAAGGCUGCCGCUGCGGCUCAUUAAGGGAGUCCACGCUUCGCUAGUCGAGGCACAUAAUAUUGAUAGGAAUUUGUUUAUCAACUGAAUAAAACAAACUUUAGUUUGGACGAAAUGA